ACCCGUCGUGCGUGCUUAGAGAUCGUGCGUCCUCGGAGUUCUUGUCAGACGUAGCGUUGUCGCAGGAUGAAAAUUACAUCGCAGCGGACGAAGUAAUAAGUACUUUAGAAAUGCCAGUCCUGCGAUUUUAUCGUACUCCCUGCCAGAGCGGCGAUGAUGUCAGUGCAACCAAGAAAGUGUCCUCUCUACUGCCAGCGGUCUCAGUGGACUCUGUGAAGACUGAGUUUUGUCUGUACGUGGAAGUUGUAGAUGAAAAGGUUUUGACUAAGGCAGACAGAGCAAAGUUAGAAUGGAUACUGUCUACCCCAUUUGAGCAAGAUAAGCUGGCCUCCUUGAGCUAUCUGCCAGAUAUCCAUGACACAGAGGGAGAAUUUCUUAUUGAGAUAGGACCAAGGCUGAAUUUUUCCACAGCUUUCUCUACCAAUGCUGUAUCAAUGUGCCACUCGGUGGGACUUGCAGACAUCACACGUAUAGAAUACUCAACAAUAUAUUACAUCAAAAUUGACACAUCUAAAGCUGGUGGUGACACCCCCUUAAAAACAGCAGAUGUGGAAAGUACCCUCGUGGAAGGACUUCAUGAUCCCAUGACACAGUGUCGGUAUUUAUCACCAAUCAGCUGUUUCGAUUUACAGGUUAAGCCAGAGACAGUAUAUGAAGUGGAUGUCAUUGGAGAAGGCCAAGCAGCAUUAGAAAAAGUUAAUUCAGAUUUAGGUCUUGCCUUUGAUGCCUGGGACCUGGACUAUUAUACUAAAUUGUUCAAAGAAGAAGUAAAACGUAACCCCACCAAUGUAGAAUGCUUUGACUUGGCUCAAUCAAACAGUGAGCACUGCCGUCAUUGGUUCUUCAAGGGAAGAAUUGUGGUCGAUGGUCAGGAAUGUUCCGACUCCCUGUUCUCCAUGAUUAUGAAGACACAAGAGCAGUCCAACCCUAACAAUGUUAUCAAGUUCAAUGACAACAGCAGUGCCAUCAAGGGGUUCCCAGUGCACCUUGUGUACCCUGAAGAAACCAGUGUACCCAGCAGAUUUGUAGCCAAAGAUGAUAUAACCAGACAUAUCUUACUCACUGCAGAGACACACAACUUCCCCACAGGUGUGGCUCCUUUUCCUGGUGCUACAACAGGCACAGGAGGCAGAAUCCGGGAUGUGCACAGCACUGGAACAGGUGCUCAUGUAGUGGCUGGCACAGCUGGUUACUGCUUUGGGAACCUCAGAAUACCAGGUUAUUCCCAGCCCUGGGAGGAUGACUCCUUCAUCUAUCCAAAUAACUUUGCCAAGCCAUUACAUAUUGCCAUAGAGGCUAGCAAUGGGGCCUCAGACUAUGGGAACAAGUUUGGCGAGCCGCUGCUGGCUGGGUUUGCCAGGUCCUGUGGACUGAUGUUGCCAGGUGGUGAGAGACGGGAGUGGAUUAAACCUGUCAUGUUCAGUGGAGGAUUGGGUAGUCUGGAUCACAUACAUGUCAGCAAGGAGGAAGCAAAACCUGGCAUGGAGGUUGUUAAGGUUGGAGGGCCUGUGUAUCGUAUUGGUGUUGGAGGUGGGGCAGCCUCAUCCAUACAAGUCCAGGGUGACAACACAUCCGAGUUGGACUUUGGUGCUGUGCAAAGAGGGGAUGCAGAGAUGGAACAGAAAGUCAAUAGGGUCAUACGGGCAUGUAUAGAACGAGGCACGGAAAAUCCCAUAAGAAGUAUACAUGACCAGGGAGCAGGGGGAAAUGGUAAUGUGUUGAAAGAAAUAGUAGACCCAGCUGGAGCCAUUAUCAGAGCAGAUGACUUCAAACUGGGUGAUCCCACUAUUAGCAUCAUGGAGCUGUGGGGAGCCGAAUACCAGGAAUCCAACGCCCUUCUGAUACGAGAAACGGACAAGGAGCUGCUGGCCAGAAUUGGACGCAGGGAGAAGUGUGACGUGUCUUUUGUGGGCACUGUGACUGGAGAUGGGGUGAUCAAGCUUGAAAAUUUUUCCCAUUCCACCAAGUCUGAUGAGCCAGACAUUAAAAGGAGCUGUCCUGACCACCACAGUCUGUACCCAGUAGACUUGGAACUCAAACAUGUGCUGGGGUCUAUGCCAAGGAAGGUAUUUAAGCUGACCAGGAUUCCCUCCAUCCUUGAGUCCCUGGAGCUGCCUGAUAACUUACAAGUAAUGGAAGCCUUGCACAGGGUGCUUAGACUUCCUGCUGUGGCCAGCAAGAGAUACCUAACUAACAAAGUUGAUCGUUCAGUGACAGGUCUGGUUGCCCAACAACAGUGUGUUGGUCCACUUCAUACUCCACUGGCAGAUGUGGCUGUCACAGCACUGUCUCAUUUUGACAAGGUUGGUGGAGCCACUGCUAUUGGAGAACAGCCAAUCAAAGGACUGGUGGACCCCAAAUGUGGAGCUAGGAUGUCAGUUGGAGAGGCACUGACAAACUUAGUAUUUGCUCUAGUCACAGAUCUGAAGGAUGUGAAAUGCAGUGGAAACUGGAUGUGGGCUGCAAAGUUACCUGGGGAAGGAGUCCGACUGUUUGAUGCGUGCCAAGCUAUGUGUGAUGUCAUGCAGCAACUGGGUGUGGCUGUGGAUGGAGGAAAAGACUCACUCAGUAUGGCUGCAAGGGUGCAGGAAGAUACUGUUAAAGCACCAGGUUCCCUGGUGGUGUCAACCUAUGUGGGCUGUCCAGACAUCUCGGCCACUGUCACUCCAGAUCUGAAGUGCCCAGGAGGAAAAGGUGUUAUCCUAUAUGUUGAGAUGGGUAGUGGACACCACAGAUUGGGAGGCAGUGCCCUAGCCCAGUGUUAUAAACAGAUAGGAGACAGGUCACCAGACUUGGACAAACCAGAGCAGUUCUCACAAGCCUUUAACAUAACACAGCAGCUUAUCAGAGGCCACCUGCUGACCGCUGGUCAUGAUGUCAGCGAUGGAGGACUGGUCACCUGUCUGCUGGAGAUGGCUUUUGCUGGAAACUGUGGGCUGGAUGUGGAUAUACCCUCUGGUGAAGACACAGACACUUUCAUAGAUGUCUUGUUUGCUGAAGAACUGGGACUUGUUUUGGAAGUCUCUGAGAAAAAUGUAACAGAAGUUGUGGCAGCUUACAGAGAGAAGAACAUUCCUUGUCAUAAACUUGGUCAUUCCUUGGGAGAGAGCACACAACCUAAGAUAAUGGUAAAAUACAACAACAGGUUAGUUCUUGAGAACAAGAUGGCUGACUUGCGUGACAUCUGGGAGGAGACAAGUUUCCACCUGGAGCGUUUACAAACUAACCCACAGUGUGUGGAGCAGGAAGCCUUGGGACUUAAGACCAGAACAGCACCACCUUAUCAUCUGACCUUUGACCCCUCUGAGAUGCCAGCAGACAUUUUGAACAAUGGUGUUGUUGAUGGAAUGGAGCCCAAGAAACCUAAGGUAGCUGUGAUACGAGAAGAGGGUAGUAAUGGGGACCGUGAGAUGGUGGCAGCCCUGUAUCUGGCAGGAUUUGAAGUAUGGGAUGUUAAUAUGCAGGAUCUCUGCACUGGGGCCAUCUCUCUGGAACAAUUUCGUGGAGUGGUGUUCGUUGGAGGCUUUAGUUAUGCAGAUGUGCUGGGGUCUUCUAAAGGCUGGGCAGCGACAUGUUUGUUCAACUCCAAGGUGCGUUCUCAGUUGGAUGCGUUCAGGACCAGACCUGACACAUUUAGUCUGGGAGUGUGUAAUGGCUGCCAGCUGAUGGCACUUCUGGGCUGGGUGGCCCCUCUUGACGACUAUACAGAAGAAACUCACAACCAAGGUUUGUAUCUGGAUCACAAUGAGUCUGGUAGAUAUGAGUCUCGCUUCCCUACAGUGAAGAUCCUGCCCAGCCCAGCCAUCAUGUUACAGGGCAUGGAGGGCUCGGUCAUAGGAAUAUGGAUAGCUCAUGGGGAAGGCCGUUUUGUCUUCAAAAACAAUUCUAUCCAUGACUCCCACAAAUCCAAACAUUUAUUACCAAUGGCUUUUGUGGAUGACUUGGGCAACCCCACCAUGAAGUAUCCACUCAAUCCUAAUGGCUCACCAGAUGGCACUUGUGCUGUCUGCUCUGAAGAUGGCCGCCAUCUUGCCAUGAUGCCUCACCCCGAGAGAUGUGUGUUGCCCUGGCAAUGGCCUUGGAUGCCGCAGGAAUGGAAGGGAACGACAGCAACAUCACCAUGGUUGAGAAUGUUCCAGAAUGCUCAUAAUUGGUGUUUACAGAAUUAGCUAGGUCUCAUUUUGGGGAAAUAGUACUUAACUAUGGGUGCUUUCCUAGAGAUUUAGAUCGAUCUAAAGAUUAAG